CUUGCCGGAAACCCCACCGGAGGCUCCAGUCCACCUUGUUAAAGUCGUAAGCUGGGCCUAGCUGUAGGAUGCACAGCUGUGAAUCUGAUGGCAGCGCAAAUGGAUACAGAAUAUCGUAUGCUUUUUCUGAUGUUGGUGCGCCAGCUGCAUCCUUCGAUAAUCAAGUCAGAAUUCAGGUGCACUGCAGGGCUUGUAUGCUGAUAACUUCUACCAGAAGGCUGCUAUCGAGACAUUUUUCAAGAUAUUCCAAGCUUGCUGCCAAAACGUAGUAGGUAUGGCGCCCCUCCCUCAAACGGUGGCACUGGUUACUGGGGGCUCUGGCAUUGUUGGAGCGGGAGUGAUAUACGCAUUUCUGAAAGCAGGUGCUCAAGUGAUUGCCCCUGUUCGGAAUGAGAAAGGCAAGGGCAGCCUGCUAGGUGAUCUGCGCGACCUGGACAAGCCAACGUUGGCCCACUUGGAGAUUCCAACUGCCGAUCUUUCGGACCCCAAGAGCGUAGCGGAGCUGGGGGAAAUGGUGAAGGCCAAGCACGGCAGCCUUGACCAUGUGGUGACAUCAGUAGGCGGCUGGUGGCAGAAAGGCCCCAUCCUGCAGUUUGCCAACCUUGAGACCAGUUACGACGAGAUGCUGACCGAAUACAAAGCCCGCGUGCUGUCGCAUUACAUGCUGGCCAAGGUCUUUGUGCCCUUUCUCAAAGUCGACGCGGCCAGCUCGUUUACCUUCAUCACUGGCUCAUUAGGCGAGGCUCCCGUCUUUCCGGACGCGAGCAUGAUCACCGCGCAAGUUGGCGCGCUCAUGAUCCUGAUCCGCACGAUCCAGGCGGAGCUCGCGGAACAGCCGUAUCGCGUAAACGAAUUUUGCAUUGGGACGCUCGUGAAACGGCACGGUGAGGCGGACAACAACCAGAGCGGUUCAGCGACGAACCGCCAGAUCGGGCUCAAGGUGCUGGAGACCAUCGAGAGCACGGGAGAGAGCGGGAAGAUCAAAGUCGGGGCUGAUGAUCUGCCCAACGUGGAGUAAAGGGGGGGGGUCAUUUGUUGAGGUGGACGACGAAGCCCUCACACCCUUUCGAGUGCUCAAUGAUACUUGUCUGUUGUGGCGUGCAAGGACGUGUUGCAUGCGCGUGCGGGUUUGGAGCUCAACCCUAUCGAGAUAGUUGCAUGAAUUGCGUAAUUAUAGAGAUACUAGGCGGCUGUAACCCUGCCCGACCCGCCAAAGACACCCAAGACGCCUGUAAUUCCCUUGGUGAACCUCCAAGAUACUCAGGUGCUCCACAUGUGAAACAAAGAGGCGUUUGGAACAUCCAACUUGACUAGUUUACCCACGGUUGUACAGCUGGACACGGCGACUUUGAACUGCUGAUUCCCAGUCUCGUCAUAAGCAGCCUCACUUUCGGGGUAUUCCAAUAGACAGAUGGAAGUUGGACGUACAUAUUGUUGGACGUACAAUGUUAGUGACUCAUUGUAGGCGGAUGGAAGUUGGUCCGCAGGCCGAGAGGGCCUGCCGUGCAAUUGCUCAAUGUACGGUAUUCGGCCUUGGACAGAAUGAACGAGACAGUUUGGCUGAAUACAGAGUCCGUAUUUUAACGGGCAAGUUACAGAAACAGAUACUAGAUGUGAGCUGCGGAUGAGUCAUGCAAGGCUAAGGCGCGGUUCCAGGCAUCACAGUCACUGUUGCCGGAGUAACUAUUCUUUUUGACACCACAACCGCAUGCAGAUAUAGACAGGGAGACUUUGCACGCCCGGCCGCAACAAUGAUGUAACCCGGCAGAUUGCUUCCAUCGAAUCUGCCGGUAGGUCACGUAUUCAAUUAACAAACCGUCGAG